AUGAAAUCUACUUUUCAAUUCACUAAAACAAACACUGGUAGUAGUCACUUAGAAAAUCCGAUGUCCGUAGAAAAACAACAUACUUGUGGAUCUAUUUAUGAAACCGAGAUAUCAAGGGAAAAUAGUAAUGGAUUAACAGAAAAAUCUAAAAACGACUUUGACGCUACUUCAGGUAAACAUCGUCGAAACGUGCCGAAAUCAUUAGGUUUUCAGCAUGAAGGUAAAAACCUAUUAAUGACCAUGAAACAGAAGUUAUCUAGUAAUGUGGGACAACGAAAUAAUCCACACAGUGAGAAAGCUCUUAAUAAUUCUGAAAACGUUGUGGAUAAUGAAAAAAAUCCAAAACAAAAAUCAAAGCGAAAUGUAUCAUAUGACAAUAAUGUGGACGCUAGAUCUGUGGACAAUUGA